AUGAUCAACGAAACGUCGGCGGCAGCGAUCGAGCUGGCCGCUGCGGCGGCGAACGGCUGCCAGGUGACCAGUGAAAGCGGUGCGGGCUCGGGAUCGGCCGCUAUGUUGACAGUGAUCGCGGUGAUCGUGAUCACUACUGCGCUGAUCGUGAUCACCGUGUUCGGCAACAUACUGGUCAUCAUGAGCGUGGUUCAGUACCCACCGCUCCGGUCCGUGCCCAACAUAUUCAUCGUGUCACUGGCUGUGGCCGACCUUACGGUGGCCAUAGGCGUGCUGCCGCUGAACGUCGUUUACAACGUGACGGGCGUGUGGCUAUUCGGCGGCGUCGUCUGCAAAUUGUGGCUGACUUGCGACGUGCUGUGCUGCACCGCGUCCAUCCUGAAUCUGUGUGCAAUCGCGCUGGACAGGUACCGGGCCAUCACGCAGCCGAUAGCGUACGCGCAGAAGCGCACAGUGUCCCGCGUCAUGUGGACGGUGGCACUGGUGUGGAUCGCCAGCGCGGUCAUCAGCUCGCCGCCGCUCAUUGGCUGGAACGACUGGCCGGACGUAUUCGACGAGCACACGGCUUGCGCGCUCACCACGCACCCCGGUUACGUGGUGUACUCGUCCAUGGGUUCGUUUUACAUACCGCUGGUGGUGAUGAGCAUCACGUAUCUCAGGAUAUACGUGGCCACCAGGCGGAGGCUGAGACGCCGGGCAAAACAGGUGGCUGCGUCGCUGCCGGCCACGGCGGCCGGUUCGUCCUGUAAACAGGACGACGCGGCCACUGGUAGCGGCAAGACGAAGAUGGCGGCGGACGCGGCCACGGGCGACUCGGCCAGCAGCAGCGACGAGGUGGACGCGGCCACCAACGGUACGGGCAGCGGCGGCGACAAGCAGCGGACGGGGAGGGGUGCGCCGAUGGCCGUGCGAGCGGUGCCGUCGAUGGGCAAGCACGUCAACCAGCUGCUGGAGCACAAGCAGCGCAUAUCGCUAUCCAAAGAGCGCAAAGCCGCCAAGACGCUGGGCGUCAUUAUGGGCGUGUUCGUUGUCAGCUGGCUGCCGUUUUUCGUCAUCUACCUGUUCUUCCCGUUCUGUAAGUCAUGCUGUCCGCCGUCCAAGGUGCUCGUCAACGUGGUCACGUGGCUCGGCUACCUCAACUCGACCGUCAACCCGAUCAUAUACACCCGGUGCAAUAUGGACUUCCGGCGGUCGUUCAAGAAGAUCCUGCACAUGGACGAGAAGCACCAGCACUUACAGCACCACCACCGCUGA